AUGAUUGUAAAGCACAAAAGAGAAGCAUUUCAUAUUUAAUUGAGAAGGAAUUAGCGGGAACUCAUAUUCUAAAAAAAAAGAAUAAUAGAGCUUCCAACUCAAAUUUCAAAUAACAAUUAAGCAAUACUUAUUCUAUAAGGUAUUUCAUAAAACCAAAUUUCACUCACUACUUUUUUUCAAUAACUCACUUUCCUUUUACCUGAAUUUACAGAAUUACAUCUAUAAACUCUAACUUACAUAUAAUAAGCAACUGCUUAAUAUAUUUAUGAAGUUGAUUAAUCAAAUAGACAAAUUAAUGAUGAUGAUCUUGAAAUUUCAGAAUGUACUAUUUAAGAAAUGUUAUUAUAUCUAAAUUAACUCACUUAUUAUGUGAAAAUAGAAUUUUAAUUAGAUGAUCUACUAGAUCUAUUGUUAUAAAUAUUAAAAGUAACCAAUAAAUUCAAAAUUUUGGAUAGAAUAUGUUAGGUAUUGUAUAAUCUAUUGCUUGAUUUCCCAUAAGUCUAAACUUUAUUGAUUUAACAUAACCUUCCUACUAUAUUAACUAAUAAAUAUCUUAUGAAUACAAACUUUGAUUUAAUUAAUCUUAAAAAUCUUUUAAUGAUUCUACAUAAAUUAGUUUAAAUUGGAUAUCAUGAAUAUAAUCUUAUUCAUCCUAUUCUUCAUAAAUUAUAAAAUAGUUCAAAUGUUCAAUAAUCACAAUAUGUAGAAGUAAUGGAAUAUUUUUUUUAAUUUCUUGCUAAUUGUUUAUCAAAUUAUGAUCCAUAAAUUAUUCAAUAGGUUUAAUUAUUUGAAAAAUUCUUAGAAUUUUAAUAUGUUAGAUGGUCUGUAGAUUUACUAUUUAAAUAUGAUAAACAUUACAAUCUUGUAUGCAAUAUCUAUCAAUUUCUUAAUAAUUUAAGUUUAGCAUCAUGUGGUUCAAGUAUGAUUGAUCAAGGCAUUUUAAGUGUUAUCUAAGUACAUUUAAAUGAAAAAUCAGUCCCUCAAAUACUUAUUUACUCAUUAUUAACAAAUCUAAUUGUAGAUGAUCUUACAAGUAUUUUAUAAUGUGGAAUUCUUAUAAGAAUACCUGCAAUGUUUAGAUUAGGAUUUCCUAAAUCAGAUUAUAUAAUUGAAUUAGUAUAUUGUAUAAUUGCAGCAUUCUCGAAAGCCGAUGAAAAUUAAAUUAAAGAUUUGACUAAACUAUAAUUGAUUGAUUGCUUAGUUAAUUAUGUUGCAGAUUAUCCUUAAGAAUUAUUAGAUUUAGAUGUUUGUUAAAAAAUAUUUCGAAUUUUGUAAUCCAUAAUACAUUUGCAAACUUAAGAAUCAUAAGAUGAAAAUUAUGAAUUAGAGAAAUUGAAAAAUAAUAAUAUGUUUAUAAUGAAAUGCAAUCAUAUCUUUGGAUUAAAUCAAGAUUACUAUUGUGAAACCUUAUUAAAUAUUCUGUUUGAAAUGUGA